AUGAAUUCCAGUGCAUCAGUUCCAUGCACUUCUUGGUUUGGAGUAGUUUGCAAUGCUGAUUGGAGCAUUCACAGGUUGAACCUCAGUUUAUCUGGAUUAAAAGGUACACUCCACCAAUUUGCAUUCUCUUUCUUACGAAAUCUUACACAUUUUGAUCUUAGUGUUAACAACUUCUUUGGCCCCAUCCCAGCAGAAAUCAGACUCCUAACAAAACUUGUAUAUCUUGAUUUAUCAUUGAAUAAGUUUUCUGGAAUAAUCCCACCUGAAAUAGGAAAUCUGCACCAGCUAACCAUCUUGUACCUAUACUCAAACAAUAUAUCUGGAUCAAUACCUAUUGAACUUGGGAAUUUAAAGUCUCUCACUGAACUUGAGAUGAGCAACAAUCAACUUAAUGGUUCAAUUCCUUCAACACUAGGAAACCUGGACAAUGUACAACGCCUGAUCCUCAGGGAUAAUAAAAUUUCUGGUCCCAUUCCUACUGAACUUGGGAAUUUGAAGUCUCUCACUCAUCUUGGGGUGAGCAACAAUCAACUUAGUGGUUCUAUUCCUUCAUCAUUAGGUGGUUUGACUUCUUUAAUUGCCCUUUAUAUGCAUUACAAUCAGCUUUCUGGUCCCAUUCCUAUCCAAAUUGUGAAUUUGAAAUCUCUUAGUGAUCUUAGGAUGAACAACAAUCAAAUUAGUGGUUUUAUUCCCCCGGAGUUUGGAAAUUCAACUCAACUUCAGAGGCUUGAUCUGUCUUCGAAUCAUUUGGUCGGUGAGAUCCCAAAGGAGUUUGGGAAGAUGAAAAGUAUGUUGUAUUUGUACUUGUCUGAUAACCAACUUUCAGGUAUCAUACCUCUGGAGCUUCAAUUCUAUGAAUUCCUUGAAAAACUUGAUCUGUCUGGAAAUAGAUUGAAUGGGUCGAUACCAAAAAGUAUUGGUCAUUGGGCACACAUCCACUACUUGAAUCUUAGUAAUAACCAGCUUAGUGAGAAAAUUCCAUCUGAGAUUGGUAAAUUAGGUCAACUUACAGAACUUGAUUUGUCUCAGAAUUUGCUUACAGAAGAGAUACCAUCUGAAGUUCAAAGUUUGAAAAAUCUGCAAAAAUUGAACCUUUCUCAGAAUAGACUAUCUGGUUCUAUUCCAAACGCUUUUACUAGUUUGCCUAGUGGGAUUGACAUCGACCUGUCUAACAAUGAGCUCACAGGUCCAGUUCCGCUUUGCUCUAACUUUGUAAAUGCAUCCUUACAAGGCAAUCUAGGUUUGUGUGGAAAUUUUACAGGACUAAAGUUUUGUGCAAGUCCAAUCUUGAAGAAGAGAAAUGAUCCCUUACGUCAUCAACUCAUUCUUGUAAUUAUGCUCCCUCUUAUUGGGGUAAUUUUACUUGGUUUAUAUGUGUGUGGCCUCAUUGUUUAUAGAAAACAAAUGAUACAUUCUCCACAGAACCCAUUCGACGAAGAGGGCGGUGAUCAUUUCUCCAUAACAAAUUUUGAUGGGGGAGUAGUGUAUGAUGAUAUCAUGAAGGCGACAAAUGAUUUCGAUGAAGCAUAUUGUAUUGGGACCGGAGGAUACGGGGCUGUGUACAAAGCCGAGUUACAACCUAACAAUGUGGUAGCUGUCAAGAAACUUCAUUCAUCAUCUGGGAAUGUUGACCAUAAUGGAUUUCUUAAUGAGGUACGAGCAUUAACGAACAUAAGGCAUCGAAACAUAGUGAAACUCUAUGGAUAUUGCUCCCAUGCCCGCCACUCAUUUUUGAUUUAUGAAUACCUUGAAAAGGGAAGCCUUGGAUCAAUCUUAAGAAGCAAUGACUUAGCAAAAGAUCUAGAUUGGUUGAAAAGGGUCAAUAUUGUGAAGGCCAUAGCUAAUGGUUUGGCUUAUAUGCAUCACGACUGCUCACCUCCUAUAAUUCAUAGAGACAUUUCCAUUGCCAACAUUCUUCUUGAUUCCGAUUAUGAGGCACAUAUUUCUGAUUUUGGCACGUCGAAGCUUUUAAAGCUAGACUCAUCCAACUGGACCGCAAUUGCUGGCACAUAUGGUUAUAUCGCGCCAGAGCUUGCUUAUACAAUGGUGACAACCGAGAAAUGUGAUGUGUAUAGCUUUGGAGUUGUUGCACUAGAAUUGGUCAUGGGAAAGCAUCCUGGAGAACUAAUCACAUAUUUACCAACACUAUCUGAUGAUCAUCUUGUGCACGCAAAUGUGGGAGAUAGUCGGAUACCGCCUCCCUCAUCCCAAUCUGAGAAACAAGUUAAGAUUGUUCUGAGUCUCUCAAGGGCAUGUUUGAACUCCAAUCCACAAGAAAGGCCAACAAUGCACCAAGUUUCAAAUUUCUUGAUGAAGGCCUGA